AUGAAAGGGCCUUUUUUUUUGGCAUCCUUGAAUCGUGUGAGAAGGUGUAUAUAUACUCCCGUACCUCCUCCUCGUCCUUUGAAUCCCAUCAUCACCUACCUACCUAUCUCAUCCCAUCAUACACAUUCAACACCGAACUACACCAGUCUGUUCUUCAGGAUGUCUCAAUACUUUUGCCCCAACGAGCACCCCACCGGGCACACCUCCCUCCCUAACACCACCACCACCUCCACCACCCAACCCACCACUUCCACCACCGAACCCACCACCACAACCACAUCCCCCGACCAACCCUCCACCCGCACCAUCACCACCCCCUACUCCACCCUCGACCAAACCACCACCCUCCCCACAACCUCUGCUCCAGCCGAGACCUCAGCCCCAGAGACAGUUUCCGGGCUGGACCAGGCACACGUUAAGCGGCCUAAGCUCACCAGUGAGGAGGAUGAGGAGGGGGCGGACUGGAGGGAGGAAAACAGAAAGAUGGCAGACAGGAGGGGGGGAGAUUGGGGGAAAAGAUCGAGGGACGGAUUCGGGGGGCGGUGGGAGGGGUGUUUGAUGAUUUGA